AUGGCAGCACAAAUAAAUGCAAAUACUUUUGACCAAAAUGAUGCCAAAUAUCAUACCUGUUUUAAUACAGUUCAUAUCAAGUUAGCAGCUCGUGUGGUAUCCAUAAUAUACAUUGUUGGUGCAGUAAGCCAUGUGAUCUACGCGAGCGCUCGAGGGAUGUCAUUAGCGAUGCAUUCCUGGCUAUCAUUUGCCUUUUCCAUCGGUGUAUUUGGAUGUUUGGUCUAUGGAGUAUUUAAAGAAAAACGUGUCUUCAUGCUACCAUAUUUUAUUUUUCAGGUUAAUUGUAUAGUCGCUGGAAUUGCAAUAACUGCAUUUGCACUAAUUGUAUUUAUCAUUUGUGCUGGCGUGUCACCGGAAACAAUUCACGAAAUUGCUGAAGACUAUGGUGGUAUCAACCUUAACGGUGAUCCCAAAGUAGUUGCUACAGCAGUUCAAACGUUUACUGUGCUUUUCAUCAUUUUCAUCUGCGUUUCGCUGCUAUUACAAAUUUUGUUCUUCGAGACCAUCUAUCGUUUCAAGGAAUUCUUGUACGAUCGUGAGAAUUCAUUUUCGUUCAACUUGGAAGGUGUUUUCCAGACAGCAAACAGUGUCUACUCAACAAAUAUGGAUGAUUUGGACAUUAUUGGAGGACCUGAAAAUGUUUUGAAAUAA